AUGUCCGCAUCCGACGACGAGGCCCACAAUGUCAACUUCGAGACCGCCCACGCCGGCGCCUCGCUGACCUUCCCCAUGCAGUGCUCUGCCCUGCGCAAGAACGGUCACGUCGUCAUCAAGGGCCGCCCCUGCAAGAUCAUUGACAUGUCGACCUCCAAGACCGGCAAGCACGGUCACGCCAAGGUCCACCUCGUCGCCACCGACAUCUUCACCCAGAAGAAGUACGAGGACAUCUCCCCCUCGACCCACAACAUGGACGUCCCCAACGUCACCCGCAGCGAGUACCAGCUCAUCAACAUUGACGACGGUUUCCUCAACCUGAUGAACAACGACGGUGACACCAAGGACGACGUCAAGGUCCCCGAGGGCGAGCUCGGCGAGCAGAUCCAGGCCGGCUUCGACGAGGGCAAGGACCUCAUGGUCACCAUCGUCUCGGCCAUGGGCGAGGAGCACUGCCUCUCGUUCAAGGACGCCCCCGCCGCCAAGUAA